AUGUCGAAUCAAAAUUAUCAUUUGGACGUUUAUUUGAGCAACGGAAAAGCGUUCUGUUCCUUUCCGUCAUCAGCCAUAUCAAAUCAUGAAGAAUUAAUAUUGUUUUUGGAGAGAGAGUAUGAAAAAUUCUAUCCGACUGAGGAUAGUAUUUCGAUUAAAUCCAUUCAACACUUGUAUUUUGAUAAAGAAUCGGGAAUGCCAGUGAAAUUUGAAUUACCCACAAAUUGGGAAGGUCUUGCAUCUCAAUUACAAGUGAAAUCUAAAAUUAUUGAAGUAAUUUGUGGAAAUAACCCAUCUUUAUUCUUGCAAGUAGAGAAGAGUGAGAAUGAGCACUACAAUGAUAUUGUUUCUCCUGUUCCGGGAUCUGUCCGAAAGAAAGCUGUGGAGAAUUCCGUCAUUAACUCUGUGGCUUCCUCUCUCUCGUUUAAUGCCAACAAGAAUUUGCAUUCAAAAGCAAGUACCAACAAUUUAACACUUCCCCGAGUAGGUGAUGAUAGUGCUACCGAUGAAAAAGUGAUUAUCUUCGCUGAAGAUGAUGAUACAGUCUUUGAUGAUGCUAUCGAAGAGAUGGAAAAGAAGGCAUCACAAGGCAGCCAAACUGUAAAUACUAAUGAGCCAUCGAGUCCAUCUGUGGUUGCUAUUGUCGAGGAAGUAGACGCAACCACUGCUAAUUCACAGAGCAAAGCGAAUAACAUCAAUGCAGUGACAAACGAUACCAAACCUAUUGACAAUGUGAACGGCAAAGCCAAUAAUGCUGCCUCAGAAGUUCACAUGGACACGAAGGAUGACAACAAACACGAGAUUGAGGAUGAAGAUUUUAUUUUCUCAAUAGAAUCUGACGAGCUCAAUGAGCAGCCCCUGUUCUCUUCUGAAAAACAGGCUGAUAUUGCAAACGUGUCACCAGUGAUGGACGCUUCGUAUGAAGAUACUCAAAUCGAUGAAGAACAACAAGAAUCAUCCCAAAAAGCCACUCCUCAACAUCAAGAACAAACAAAAGAAGAUGACAAUGCAAUGAUUGACGAGGAUGAAGACCUACAGAAGACAGCGAAUGACAACGUUCUAUUUACCCAAAAUCCUACCUUAGAACAACCAGAAGAGGAGCCCAAGUCUAUUACUUCUCAAGAAGAAAGAAAGCACGACAAACUUUCCCAAACUCCAUCUUCACAAUCGAAAAGUGUCACACCAGGCAAAACAAAAGUGAAUAGUGAGAAGAGUACCUCAAUAGCACCACCCCAAAAAGCAUCAAAACCUUUUUCCUUUGCAUCCAUUGCCUCUCAAAAAUCAGAUACCAAACCUACUUUGUCAUCAUCCCAAGAACGCGCUUCCUCUUUCAAACACUCCCAAGAAAAUAACACUACCACAGCAACACCCUCUAAAAAAUCAUCUCAAACAAACACCAACAUGACUCCUAAACAAUCCUCUCAGCCAACAGUUGAAGAACGUACAUCUUCACAACCUCAAUCUCUCCAACCAUUCACGCCAAGUACACCUGUUUCACUGUUGCAACGAAUUAAGAAUUGCAAAACACCCAAUCCUUCUUCAUCUCAAGAAACUAAGGAACGAGACAUGGAUGUGAAAUCAAAAAGUGCGUCCAAGAUUCAGAAAAACAAAUCAAAAGUUGUUGACAAGCUUGUGAAGGAUGCCAUGCUACAAUGGAACCAAAAGAAGAAAUAA